CUCUUUCCUACUGCUCCCUCCCAACCACGCAUGGCCGUUUCUACAGACCUACUCACAUUCUAUCAUGCUUUGUUCAAGCAUUCAUGCAAUGCUAUCCAUGCGCUUGCUCACAUCCUAAAGACCCAUUAUGCCUGCAGAGGCUUUCUCAUGACCAAUGCAGAUGUG